CUCGUAUUAAGAUUUAAAAGAUUAUAUUUUUCAAGAGAAACGCGUCGUCGUUAUUUUUAAUGUAACGCGAUUUACAAUGCAUGAUGAUAAUUACGAGUCAAUCAUGUGGAAAACUUAUUUUCCGUUGGUUUUUACAUUCAAAAGAAUUCGUUUCAAAAUUGAGGUUAGAAUCAAAUAAAAGAGAUUAUAGGAAUUCGUCGAAAGCUAUAACUCGGACCAGCAUUUUUUUGGAAGAAGGAAUGAACAUUCAGGAACUGCCUUUGAUCGUGAAAAAAAUAAAUGAUAUUGGACUUGUAUGUAAUUUUAAAGGGAACGGUGAAGAAGCUGCUGAGAAGAUGGACGCCGAUACUAAAAUUUCUAAACGGAGGAUAGAUAUAGAAACGGAAGAGGGAAUCGCUAUACUUUUUUCAUCAGAUUUAGAAUGUCUUAAGCGUACAAAUGUAGAUGAAAUUUUGGAGGGAUUGAAUUCAUCUAAUUCAACUAAAGGAAUAUAUUCUUUAUUAGAAAACAAAAUAGCGGAUGAAAUUAAUUGUAGAAUUGCCAUUCAAGGUUUAAAAAAGAUAUUUGAAAUAGAGAACGCUCAAAGAAGAUUCAAAGAUAACAGGCUUUUAAGACAAGAACAGUUUAUCAUUAAUACUGUUAAUAGAGAUGUUGCUUUGAAACAACUUGUUAAGAUGAUUGUCAAAAGUCAAGAUAGUCAAACGAUAGUAGAGGGCCUUUAUGCGUUGAAAAAAGACAAAUUUAGUCCUGCUAAAAAUGUUUAUCGUGAUUGUUUGUCGACAGAAGCAUUAAUUAGAGCGUCUGAUGGGGACUUUACUUUAUCUCAAUUAAUAGAUGUUCUUAAAGCUUUAUCUUCUUACAAGGACUCCAGUUACCAAGAACUUAUCGAUCUAUUGUGGAUCGGUAUUGCUAAUAGAAAGGAAGAAAUAAACGCGGAUUUGUUAAUACCAUUAUUUAAACUCUUGUAUUUAUUUGAUCUAAGUAAAAACACGGUGAGAAUCAUUCUGGAAAAAAAACUUUCAGAACAUUGGUUGAGAUUAAAGGGUUCUCAGAUAGGAGAAAUUUUAAAUUGUUAUCGUCACGAUUUAUCGUUUUUAGGAUGUUUAAUAAGUGCUAGCAAAUGGGCAUCCGUUAGUAUGAAUACCUCGGAUGAAAAAGAUCUUAUUGAUUUUAUUCAAAGCUUACACGCAAAGAAAUAUAUCGACGAUAGAAUAGAACUAACUUUGGAGAAAUAUAUGAAAACUAAAGGUAUUCAUAUUAAAGAUCCUCUAUUAAUAGCCACUAUUAUGAAUUAUUGCUGUACUAUGAGAGUCAGGAACUUGCACAUUAUUUCAUCUUGCGGAGAAUAUUUUAUUAAAUACGGAAAUAAAUUAUCUGCGUCGUUAUUGGCACCGAUUCUUAUGCCAUUUGGUUUAUUAAAUGUACAACCGCCGCAUAGUACAUUAUUUUGGCAAAUAUUAGAUGAAUUAUUAUCGGCUAAAUUUGUAGACUUGAAACUAAACGAGAUUUUAGAUAUUUUACUUAGCUGUAUUUAUUUGGAGAGAUAUCCUUUAAGCUUUUGGGAAAGAGUCGUUAAAUCUCAUUCUCUUGAUAAGAUUUAUAAAAAGAAACAUUAUCUUUUUAACAAAGAUUUGUUACACAAGAUAAUAUUAUUUGACGCUUCUAUGUACAUUGAAUGCGAAGAUUAUCACAAUUGUCGUGUUAAUUCGAAUGGUAUAACAAAAUCAUUGUUUGUGGAUAUACGUUUAAGAAGAAUAAUUAAUCAGAUUUAUAAACCAUUGGAACAUUUAGUAGGUAAAGAAAAGAAAUUAAGUAAAAACGUUCUUUUAAACAAAUUACCAUUAAUCAAUUUUUAUGUGCUCGAUAUUUUGAUACAUUCGUCAUCCACGUCUACUGCAAUUUUUAAUUUACAUUUACAAACAAAUAGAAAUUUAAACACUGUCGUUUUAAUCCAUUUGCCGGAACAUUAUUGUCGAAGUACAAAACAUUUGAUAGGGCCGCAAUUAAUGAGAAAAAGACAAAUUAGAAAGUUAGGUUUUCGCGUAGUGAGUUUAGAUUAUUUGACGUUAGAAAAAUUACUCGAUCAAACUGACAAUUUGUCGAAUUAUUUGAUAAAACAUUUUGAAGCAGCCGAGGACGCGUUAUGAAAUUUGUAAAUGGAUUUUGAUAUUAGCAAUUUUUUUUUAUAAAAAUGUAGAUCUUAUGGUAUUUUGUAUGGAUAA